AUGGCUUUCCCUCCGAUAGCAAGGGCGACCUUGCAAGCUGCGCUAAUUAAUGCCGGUUCCAAUGUGCUGGCACAGGUCAUUGGAGCGUACAGGGAUGAGAGACCCUUCCAACUGGACAAUCAAGCCUUGUUUCAGUUCACAACCUGUGCUUUCAUUCUCUCCCCGUUGACCUUCCUAUGGCUCGAAGGACUCGAAUCGAAAUUCCCCGGCUACAAUGAUAAUUCUGCCCCCAGCCCCAAAACGGAAAAGCCGAAGCAGAAGCCCAAGCUCAAUGUAACCAAUACUGUCGCCAAAAUCGUCAUCGAUCAGAUUGUUGGAGGUGCCUGGAACACGGCAGCCUUCAUCAUGACCAUGGGGUUUCUGCGCGGCCAGGACUGGGAGUCUAUUGUGCAGCAAAUCCAAAAGGACUUCUGGCCCAUCCUGGUGGCGGGGUUCAAGCUGUGGCCGAUCGUCUCGAUCUUGAACUUCACGGUUGUACCAACAGAGAAACGCCUGCUUGUUGGUAGUCUGUUUGGUGUACUCUGGGCUGUUUACUUGAGUUUGAUGUCGGGUUGA